CCUGGUCACCCAAGAGCCCUGAUGGCUAUGUGCGAUGAGAUUAGUGUUGUUUUCCUGACUGCGAACACAACAUCCAUUCUGUAGACCACGGAUCAAGGAGAUAAUUUCAAUUUUCAGAUCUUUUUAAGAAAUACAUUUGGGGCGCCUGGGUGGCUCAGUCAGUUGGGCGUCCAACUUCGGCUCAGGUCAUGAUCUCACGGUCCGUGAGUUCGAGCCUCGCGUCGGGCUCUGUGCUGACAGCUCGGAGCCUGGAGCCUGUUUCGGAUUCUGUGUCUCCCUCUCUCUCUGACCCUCCCCUGCUCAUGCUCUGUCUCUCUCUGUCUCAAAAAUAAAUAAAUGUUAAAAAAAAAAAAGAAAUACAUUUUGUAUGGCUAUACCUGCCAUAGAUAGUGAUUCUUCUGAUGGAUGUGGGCAAAGUAAAUAGAAAACCUUCUGGAAAGGAUUUAAUAUUCUAGAUGCCAUUGAGAACAUUUAUGAUUCGGGGCACCUGGGUGGCUUCGUCCAUUGAACUUCCGACUCCGGCUUAGGUCACCAUCUCACAGACGAUGAGUUCAAGCCCCACAUUGGUCUUGCUGCUGUCAGCAAAGAGCCCACCUCAAAUCCUCUGUCUCCCUCUCUCUGCCCCUCCCCUGCUUGCACUCUCUCAAAACUGAAUAAAAAAUUAAAAAAAAUUCGUGCCCCCCCCCAAAUAAAAUACCUAGGAAUAAACUUACCCUAAGAGGUGAAAGACCUGUACUCUGAAAACUAUAGAACAUUGAUAAAAGAAAUUGAAGAUGAUGCAUAAGAAAUAGACAUUUUGUGCUUCUGGAUUGGAAGAACAAAUAUUGUUAAAUGUCUACACUGCCUAAAGCAACCUACAAAUCUAAAUCAAGCCCUACCAAAAUACCAACAGCAUGUUUCACAGAACUAGAACAAACAAUCCUAAAAUUUGUAUGGAACCACAAAAGACUCUGAAUAGAUAGCCAAAGCAAUCUUGAAAAAGAAAAAGAAAACUGGAGGUAUCAAAACUCCAGGCUUCAAGUUAUAUGACAAAGCUGUAGUAAUCAAAACAGCAUGUUACUGACACAAAAAUAGACACAUAGAUCAAUGGAACAGAAUAGAAAGUCCAGAAGUAAGCCCACAUUUAUAUGGUCAAUUAAUCUUCAACAAAGGAGGAAAGAAUAUGCAAUGGGAAAAAAGACAGUCUCUUCUUUGGUGUUGGGAAAUGGUGCUGGGAAAACUGGACCACUUUCUUACACCAUUCACGAAUAUAAACUCAAUAUGGAUUAAAGACCUAAAUGUGAGACCUGAAACUAUAAAAAUCGUAGAAGAGAACACAGGCAGUAAUUUCUCCAAUAUUGGUCACAGCAACAUCUUUCUAGAUACGUUUCUGGAGGCGAGGGAAACAAAAGCAAAAAUAAACUGUUGGGAUUACAUCAAAACAAAAAGCUUCUACACAGCAAAGGAAACAACCAACAAAACUAAAAGACAACCUACUGAACGGGAGAAGAUAUUUGCAAACGACAUGUCCAAUAAAGGGUUAGUAUCCAAAAUAUAUAAGGAACUCACACAAAACUCAACACCCAAAAAACAAUCCAAUUAAAAAAUGAGAAGACAUAAACAGACAUUUCUCCAAAGAAGAUAUCCAGAUGGCCAACACACACAUGAAAAGAAGCUCAACAUCACUCAUUAUUAGGGAAAUGCAAAUCAGAACCACAAUGAGGUAUCACCUCAUACCUGUCAGAAUGACUAGAUCAAAAACAAGACUUAACAACAGGUAUUGGUGAGGAGGUGGAGAAAAAGGAACCCUCGUGCACUGUUGGUGAGAAUGCAAACUGGUGCAGCCACUAUGGAAGACAGUAUGGAGGUUCCUCAAAAAAUUAAUUACUGAAACCUUAUGAUUCAGGAAUUGCUCUAGUGGGUAUUUGCCCAAAGAAUACAAAAACACUAAUUCAAAGGGAUUUGUCCUAUGUUUAUUGCAACAUUAUGUACAAUAGCCAAACUAUGAAAGCAACCCAAGUGUCCAAGUGUCCAUUGAUAAGUGAAUGAAUAAAGAAGAUAUGAUAUAUAUAUAUAUAUAUGAUAUAUCACAUAUUCAUAUUUAUAUGAAUAUUUUUCAGCCAUUAAGAAGAACAAAAUGUUGCCAUUUGCAACAACAUGGAUGGAUCUAGAAAGUAUAAUGCUAAGUGAAAUAAACAAGUCAGAGAAACACAAAUACCAUAUAAUAAUUUCACUCAAAUGUGGAACUUUAGAAACAAAACAAAUGAACAAAGGGAAAACAAGACAAACCAAAAUACUCCUUUUUAAAAAAAAGUUAAAAAAAGUUUGUCUGUUUAAGUAGUCUCUACACCCAACAUGGAGCUCAAACUCAGAACCCCGAUAUCAAGGGUCACAUGCUCUUUCAACUGAACCAGCCAGGUGCCCCAAACACUCUUAACUAUAGAGAACAUGCUGGUGGUGACCAGAGAGGAGUUGGAUGGGGUGAUGGGUGAAAUAGGUGAAGGGGAUAAAAACACUUGAUGAGCACUGAGUACUGUAUGGAACCGUUGGAUCACUAUAUUGUACACCUGAAACUGAUAGACCACUGUAUGUUAACUACACUGGAAUUAGCAUUUUUAAAAAAUCCAUAAUUCAUGAAAGGUCAAAAUAUGAACAUUAGCAGGGGUUUGGAGGCCGUUGACUCCAGCUCUCGUGGAUGACACUGAGAGGUCCAGGACUUCAGUGGAGGAAGUAACUGCAGAUGUGGUGGAAAUAGCAUUAGAACCAGAAGUAGAGCCUGCAGACGGGACUGCUGCCAUCUCAUGGUAAAACUUGAACCAGUGGAGAGUUGCUUCUUACAGAUGAGCAAAGACGUUGGUUUUUCAAGAUGGAAUCUACUGCUGGUGAAGGUGCUGUGAAAAUUGUUGAAAUGACAACAAAGGAUUUAGAAUAUGAUGACAUACCUUUAGCUGAUAGGGCAGUAGCAGGAUUUGAGAGGAUUAGCUCCAAUUUUGAAAGAAGUUCUACUGUGGGUAAAAUGCUAUCAAAUAGCAUUGUAGGCUACAAAGAAAUCGUUUGUGAAAGGAAGAGUCAGGUGGUGUGGCAAACUUCACUGCUGUCUCAUUUUAAGAAAUUGUCGUGGUUGUCUCAGUCUUCAGCAACCACCACCCUGAUCAGUCAGCAGCCGUCAACACCGAGGCAAGACCCUCCACCAGCAAAAAGAUGAUGACUCACAGAAAGCUCAGUGAUGGUUAACAUUUUUUAGCAAUAAGCUUUUCAAAUUGAGGUAUGAACUUUUUUUAGACAUAAUGCUCUUGCAUACUUAAUAGGCUACAGUAUAGUGUAAACAUAAUUUUUAUAUGCACUGGGAAAUAAAAAUCACUUGACUUGCUGUAUUGCGAUAUUCACUUUAUUGCAGUGGUUUGUUUGGAACCAGACUUGCAAUAUCUCCAAGGUGUGCUUGGAGAUCAUUAAAUUCCAAGUAGGGGAUACCUCUUGAGCAGCAGGGAGUGGUAAUGGUAGUGGUACAUUUAUUAAGCUUGGUGGCACUUAAUGGGCUCAUUUGAUUAUUAUUUUUAUAACUUGCAUGUGUUAUAAAUAAUUAAAUAACAUUUAUAACUUAAAUGUGUUAUACAUUUAAUUAAAAAUUAAAUCCAGCUUUAUCAAAUUCUUAUUUUUUUAAUACAGUAACUUCCAACUGAAUACAGCAGGGAUUCUGGCAAUUUGGAUUCUUGCUGGGCUGAAUUUGAUGGAGCACCCUGGUUCCUGGGAACACUUCAGAGCCAGAAAGGUGACAAGGAUGUCUUAAUGAAGGAGACUUCUGGACCCCACUCAAGGGCGGGGCUAUUGCCAGGACGACCAAGCAGGCCAUGGGGGAUCAGGAUUUACCUGGCGUUUUGGUGUCUGGAUUGGAAGGACCUCAUGGUAUAUGUGAGGAUCACAUUGGAGAUCUGCAGAAACACUUUACUCUCAUUACUCUGCAAGAAUUUUUGGAAAAUAACACACGAUUCGGUCCAAAGGUCCAAGCUGUAUACAUCUGGGGCGGAAAGCCAGCCGUUACCCAGGAGCUCCUGCAGAGUCUGCCCUCCUUGAAGAUAAUUGCCAGUGCAGGAGCAGGUCUAGAUCACCUGGACCUGAAGCUCAUUGCCAGCUGUGGUGUGAAGGUGGCCAACACACCACAGGCGGUUUCCAGUCCCACAGCCGACAUGGGGAUGGCCUUACUGCUGGCCGCAGCUCGCAGAGUCGUGGAAGGUCAUAGGUUGGCUAUUGCACCGGAUACAGAGAACUUUUCUACAAACUGGAUGGGUCAGGAAGUUACAGGGGCCACUCUGGGAAUCAUCGGCAUGGGCAGCAUUGGCUAUAAGAUUGCUCAGAGGGCCAGAGCAUUCGAAAUGAAGAUUCUGUAUCACAAUAGGAAACGCAGGAAAUUAGAGGAGGAGGAGGCUGUUGGAGCCACUUACUGUGAGAGUCUGGAUGACCUGCUUCAGCGAUCGGACUUUGUGCUGUUGGCCGUGAGCCUGACGCCCCAGACCCAGAGGCUGAUUGGGAAGAGGGAGCUGAAUCUGAUGAAGCCCACUGCCAUUCUCGUCAACAUCGGCAGAGGUCUGUUAGUCGAUCAGGACGCCCUGGUGCAGGCUCUUCAGACUGGGGUUAUUAAAGGAGCAGCACUGGACGUGACGCACCCGGAGCCCUUGCCCAGAGAUCAUCCUUUAUUGAAGUUGGAGAACGUCACUCUGACACCUCACGCUGGGAGUGCUACUCAUCAAGCCAGGCGACAGAUGAUGGAAAAUUUGGUUGCAAGCAUCCUGGCUUCUCUCCAUGGCCUUCCCAUUCCUAAUGAAGUGCGACUUAACUGGGAUAAUUCCGUGGCAUGACACGUGGCAGAUUAAAUGAAAAAAAAAACAUCUUGUUUUGUGUAUCUACGUUAAAGCCCAUCAUGCAGAUUAAUACUCUUUUGGGCGAAAAGCCUUAAGAACAGCGGUAACAUUUGUUGAGAACUUGGCAGGCGCUUCUCUUCCAUUCCCGCCGCA